CAUGACCCUGCGGAAAGGCGAGAAGCCCCCCAUCAGCAUCCAGGAGCACAUGGCCAUCGACGUCUGCCCGGGCCCCAUCCGCCCCAUCAAGCAGAUCUCCGACUACUUUCCGCGCUUCCCGCGCGGCCUCCCCGCCGCCGUCAGCCGCAGCCACAGCCGCCGCGCCUCCGCCUCCGCCUCCGCCUCCGCCGGCCCGGCCAGCCCCAGCCCCUCGGAGACCCCCCCGCCGCGGGACGACGAUGAGGACCUCGACCAGCUCUUCGGCGCCUACGGGACCGGGGCCGCCCCGCCGCCGGCCGCGGGGCGCGCCGCCCAGCAGCAGCCCCCCCCGCCGCCCGCCCCGCAGCCGCGCGAGGAGGAGGCGGGCGACGCCGACGGCUACGAGUCGGACGACUGCACUGCGCUGGGGACGUUGGAUUUCAGCUUGCUGUAUGAUCAGGAAAACAAUGCUCUUCACUGCACCAUCAACAAAGCCAAGGGCCUGAAGCCAAUGGACCAUAAUGGACUGGCUGAUCCAUACGUGAAAUUGCACUUACUCCCUGGAGCCAGCAAGGCGAAUAAGCUGAGGACCAAAACUUUGCGGAACACACUGAAUCCCACUUGGAACGAAACCCUCACGUACUACGGGAUCACCGACGAAGACAUGAUCCGCAAAACGCUCAGAAUUUCGGUUUGCGAUGAAGACAAAUUCCGUCACAAUGAGUUCAUUGGAGAAACGAGGAUUCCUCUCAAGAAACUGAAGCCUAACCAGACUAAAAAAUUCAACAUUUGCCUGGAAAAGCAGCUUCCGAUAGACAAAAUGGAAGACAAAUCACUGGAGGAACGUGGCCGGAUCCUCAUUUCCCUGAAAUACAGCUCCCAGAAGCAGGGCCUGCUGGUGGGCAUUGUCCGCUGUGCACACCUGGCUGCCAUGGAUGCCAACGGCUACUCAGACCCCUAUGUGAAAACUUACUUGAAACCUGACGAGGACAAAAAAUCUAAGCAUAAGACCGCAGUGAAGAAGAAAACUCUCAACCCUGAAUUCCAUGAGGAAUUUUGCUACGAGAUAAAGCAUGGGGACUUGGCCAAGAAGACCUUGGAGGUUACAGUCUGGGAUUAUGACAUUGGCAAAUCCAACGACUUUAUUGGUGGCGUUGUCCUAGGAAUCAACGCCAAAGGGGAACGGCUGAAGCACUGGUUUGACUGCUUAAAAAACAAGGAUAAGAAAAUCGAACGGUGGCACACUCUGACAAAUGAACUGCCAGGAGCUCUGCUUAGUGACUGACUGCUCGGGCCAGGGACCUGGGACAUCCCACACCAACCGUCAGAGGAACAGAUGGCCUUGGACUUUAGCACACGCUAUUCAGCGAGGGGCUCCUG